AUGGCAGCCGAGAUGGAGGCGCUGCAGCUGACGGGGGCUGCGGCAGUUUGUCCUCCGUUGCCGAGUCCGGAGCCGCGAGUGCAGUGCCUUUCACGCCGAUGGACGGCCGAGUUGCUGGAUCAUUGCAGACCGUUCGUGCGCAGACUCGGGGCUGGUCAGGCUGUUGAGACCGAGAACUUGGAACAGGCUGUUGGGGAAGCGCUUUGGAACUUUGAAACAGCUGUACAAGAGAAUAUCACUGUUAAUGGGCAGCCAUGGCAGGAAUCAUCAAAUCUUCAAAAUGACACAGACAUUAAACUCCUUGAAGAUCAGCUUGAUGAAUUAAUUGUGGAAGUGGCUUCCAAGCGUAGUCAGUAUCCUAGAAAAAUGCAAAUAAAUGUUGUUAAAGGCAUUAAAAUGCAACAAAAAUUGUUGGGCUAUCAACCUUUUGUGAACUGUCAAGACAUAAAAGUUGAACCUUCUCAAGAUCAGUCUAUGGUAGAACUGAGACUUUCAACAAAAACUAUGUCUAGAUAUACUGGAGAAUCAUUUAAGUCGCUGUCAUCCCUUGUAGAAAGAGCAGAAGGCUUCUCAAAAGCAUUGUCUUUACAACAAACUUUGGAACAAUGCAGACUCCAUCAAGAAAUCAUGUUUGGUUCUGAAGUUAAGAAAGAGGAUAAAAAUGAUGUAAAAAACCUUACAUCACAAGUGGAAGUUAUACCUUCACAAACUGCUAGCGGUAAUUCUGUUCUACUCAAAAUAAAGAGAUCAUCAUGUUCUCCACAGAGACGCUACCCACUCCGACAAAGAAAACUUAGUCACACUACAUGAACACAGCCAUUCAGCUUUCUGAUUUUUUUGUUUAUAUAGCAUCCUUAGUGAUCUCCUGGAAUCCAUAUAAUCAAACAAAUUUUGUUUGAUAGUGAUGAAAUUCGAUACUGGAUCCCUUUAUAUAGCUAUUCUAUAAAAUACUGGAGCAUAUUAUUAAAUUUUAACAUUUUUGUUUGAAACUAAAUUUGCCAACAGUAUAUUACAGCAGAAUGAUCUUCUACAAGGACUUUGACUUGUUUAUGAAAACAUAAAUGCUUUAAUGGUAAUCUUUCCAAACAUUAGGUAAUGCUCUUAAUACAUGAAGUUGUACAUUUCCAUAGCAAAGAAUCUUGCUGAGUGGAACUUCAAAAGAACUAUAAGCAGAGCAUCUGUAACUGGAGUUUCAGAGAACAACUCCUGAAAUUUCUGAGGCAAAUCCUCAAUCCUUUAGAUGCAUAUUGAGGGAUAUCUAGUUCCCUGUAACUGUUUGUGGAUUUCUACAUCAGUAUACUUUUAAACUGAACUCAAUUUGUGUAUAUGUUCAUUAUAGCUAUAGGCCGGGGUUAAAGAUUAAAAGUAUUUAGCUGCAGAUUGUGUCUUCACUAUAGUCUAAAAACUAAUGAGGAAGAAGUAUAGUUUGAUGCUAAU